AUGGUUCUCGAGCCUAUUUGGGAUGAAUUUGAUGCUCGUGUUACAGUAUUUUCGGAAAAGCAGCCAAGAUGUCUUCUUCGUCAAAGCUGUUGUGCUCGUGCUUACGUUGAGGAAGGAUCACUAUUCUCUGUUUUCGAGCCACUGAAAUCUGCCUAUAGCUUCUUCACUGCUGUGCAUGUUGCGGGACUCUGCCAUUGGACAUACCAAGUUUUCAUUACGGAUUUCAACCAGCCAGAACUCCUCAACAAGUUUCCUGAAUCUGUAGCUAUCGAGAUCAUGGCCAUCUAUGUGGUAGCAUUCAUUGCGCAAGGGUAUAGUUUUCAUGGCUAUCGCUCUCCGUAUCACUCUGAGGCAUUUUCACGUUGCAGGUUUUAUAUUAGGCAAAUCUGGAAGAUCAGCUACCGCAACAUCUGGAUUACAACUCCUAUUGUGGGCUUGGCCCUCUUAAACAUUGGCGCUGGAAUCGCUCAAACCAUCACAACUGCACAACGAGGUACCGUCAGUGGGAUUGGGAGUGAGAUUAACAAGAUUAUAACCGCUGUGGAAACCGGUGCAGCUGCUGCAUGCGACAUUUCAAUCACCGCUACGUUGUGUGUUCUACUAAGGAUUAAUCGUACGGGCAUCAAAUCGACCGACUCUGCCUUGGAUUCCUUAAUCAUCCUAGCUAUCAACCGUGGCACCGUGACUAGCCUUUCCGCAGUCGUGGAGCUUAUACUGUACCUAGCGCGACCUGAAUCAAUGCUAUUUGCGCUAGUUUUCUUUCCGAGUACUCAGUUCUAUGUCCUGUCCGUCGUCGGGAGUUUGAACUAUCGCGAACACGUCCGAGCAGCGAGAGACCAAAAAAGACAGUGGAGCAUCAGCAAUAUAGUCAUAAAUGACUCGUUUAACGAAGGGACAUCUGCUCAGUCUCAUUCGGACGGCAUUCAUAUGGCAAAAUCAGUGGCGACAGGCUGGAGGGAGCCUGAUUCUGAGCUAGGCCUGGAUACUUACGGGGCAUGUUAG